AUGAAAGUUUUUAUUUUUCUGGUUUUAUUUUUUAAAUGUGCUUUUGCAACAUUCCCGUUUCAAAAACUGACAGAAUGUGGAGUUUCCAACGAAACAAUCAGCGGUAUUCAUGAAAUAAUUAAUGAACACCAAGUUAGUUUGAAAUUCACUAAAUUGUUCAGCGUGGAAUCUUGUUACAGAAACUUAUCGAUUUGGCGGCUAACAACAAACGUGCUAAAAAUACCGAAGUUCAGUCGAUGAAAGCAGCAAUUGAUCAAUACGUGGAAAAUAGCGCUCCAGAAGAGGAUAAAUCUAUUUGGUUAACUUGUAUGUCUUCGAAUUAA